UUGUCAUUGCAAUUUGCAACCACCUAAAACCCGCGAAAAUCAAAACCCUGCUUUGUUCUCCAAAUCAAAACGAAAAAGCCAAAAGGAGUGAAAUUAAAAGUGAAUUAUCAUUAUUAUUAUCAUUGAACAAAGCGAGAACACUGUGCCGCCCUAAUGGAUCCGAUCCAAGCAUCCAACGAGCUCUCUUUCCGGGUCGGGUUCACCGGCCACAGCGGCCACCUCCGCCUGGAGCCGCUGUCCACGGUGGAGCGUGACAACCCGCUGCGCUCCAUUCCCGACUUUAUUAUGCCACCCGCCUUUCCUAAGGAGACACCUGAAUCUAUAAAGAAGUAUAUAGAAGAUACAUAUCUCCAACCAGAAUUGGACCCUGAUGAUUUUUCACCGGAAAAAGUUGGGAGGCAGUGGGACUUCGACUGGUUUGACAGGGCUGAAAUUCCUCUGGAAUCAUCGUUGCCGCGGACUAUGGUAGUUCCAAUUUGGGAACCACCAUUUCGACGUCCUGUGAAAGGAACCUGGGAACCAAAGUUUGAGGAGGUGAAUGUAUCUGAUAUGACAUCAGGAGCAGAAGAGUCUGGGCCAUUACCACGCACUUCUGCGAAGGACUUUGUUAGGGGAAGCAUCAAUAAUCGCCCUUUUCGACCAGGAGGUUUGGAUGAUUCCCAAGGUUUAGAAAGAACUCUUCCACCAGGUGCUUCUAAUGGUGAAUGGGUGCUUGAAAUUUUCAAUGGUGGUCCUGCCCAGACAAUUCCACCGAGUUCAAAGCAAGGACUGGAUCUUGGUUUCCUCAAGCCAUAUCCAUGCUCAUGGAAUGUUUACAAGGAAGCCAAUUCACGCCAGGGCUCAUCAGACGAAAAUUUGAGUGGAUUGUCAGUACAGUUUGAUGACUUAUUUAAGAAGGCUUGGGAAGAGGACGCUGUUGGAGAGCAGGAGGAAGAUGGCCAUUUAUCAGAAGUGGUGCCUGUUAAGUUGGAAGCUGAAGUUGAUACAACUGAGAUAUCCAGCAGAGAACGUGAGAGUGAAAUGUCACUUGAUGAUAUUUUGUCAGCUGACUCAGAAGGAUCAAAACUGCAUUUGGAUGGAUUUAGUGAUGAAGUUGGACAGCAGCGGAAGGAAGCUUGGGCUAUGUAUGAAGAUAGUGAGCGAAUUGCAGAUCGCUUUCAUGAACUUGUUCCUGAUAUGGCACUUGACUUUCCCUUCGAGUUGGAUGCAUUUCAGAAGGAGGCUAUUUAUUAUCUUGAAAAAGGGGAAUCUGUUUUUGUGGCCGCUCACACAUCAGCUGGAAAGACAGUAGUUGCUGAAUAUGCAUUCGCUCUAGCAUCAAAACACUGCACUAGAGCUGUGUACACUGCCCCAAUAAAAACCAUCAGCAAUCAGAAAUAUAGAGAUUUCUGUGGGAAGUUUGAUGUUGGGCUUCUUACUGGUGAUGUAAGUUUGAGGCCAGAGGCUUCUUGUCUCAUCAUGACCACUGAAAUUUUAAGAUCAAUGCUCUACCGGGGUGCAGAUAUAAUUCGAGACAUUGAAUGGGUUAUAUUUGACGAGGUUCACUAUGUCAAUGAUGUUGAGAGAGGUGUUGUUUGGGAAGAAGUAAUUAUCAUGCUUCCAAGACACAUCAAUAUCAUCCUCCUUUCUGCCACGGUUCCUAAUACUAUUGAAUUUGCCGAUUGGAUUGGAAGGACAAAACAAAAGAAAAUACGGCUGACAGGGACAACAAAAAGACCCGUCCCGUUGGAGCACUGCCUGUUUUAUUCUGGAGAACUGUACAAAAUUUGUGAAAGUGAAACAUUUCUGCCUCAGGGAUUGAAAGCUGCUAAAGAUGCUUCAAAAAGAAGGCAUUUAACUGCUGGUGGUGGUUCUGGAUCAAAGCCAGGGUCAGCAAGUCAUGAUAAUGCUCGAGUUCAAAAAGGAGAAAACACAUCUCGAGUGAAACAGCAUGGAACUAAUUUCUCUAGGACUGGCAAAGGCUAUCAAAAUAAUGGCAAUGGCCAGAGCAAUUGGAGAGCAGAAGCUUCAAUGUGGUUGAUGUUUAUCAACAAACUCUCCAAAAAGUCCUUAUUGCCUGUGAUUAUAUUUUGUUUUUCUAAGAAUCGCUGUGAUAGAUCAGCUGAUAGUAUGACUGGAACUGACCUCACUAGUAGCUCAGAGAAAAGUGAAAUCCGUCUUUUCUGCGACAAAGCGUUUUCACGCCUGAAGGGGUCUGAUAGAAAUUUACCACAGGUCGUUCGAGUCCAAAAUCUUCUUCGUAGAGGGAUUGGUGUACAUCAUGCUGGCCUUCUUCCAAUUGUAAAGGAAGUUGUUGAAAUGCUAUUUUGCCGUGGUGUUGUCAAGGUCUUGUUUUCAACAGAGACAUUUGCAAUGGGAGUGAAUGCACCUGCUAGGACGGUAGUCUUUGAUACUCUAAGGAAGUUUGGUGGCAAGGAAUUUAGGCAGUUACUGCCAGGAGAAUAUACUCAAAUGGCAGGUCGCGCUGGCAGAAGAGGACUUGAUAAGAUUGGUACUGUUAUUUUGAUGUGCCGUGACCGCGAUGAACUCCCAGAAGAGAGUGAUUUAAAAGAUGUUACUGUUGGAAGUGCAACUCAUCUUGAAUCUCAAUUUCGGCUAACCUAUAUUAUGAUCUUACAUCUUCUUCGAGUCGAAGAAUUAAAGGUAGAGGACAUGCUUAAAAGAAGUUUUGCAGAAUUCCAUGCACAGAAAAAACUUCCAGAAAUGCAACAGAUUUUGAAGCUAAAGCUUAAUCAGCCUACAAAAGCUAUUGAAUGUAUAAAGGGUGAACCAACCAUUGAAGAGUACUAUAAUUUAUAUUCAGAAGCUGAGAAGUACAGCAACCAAAUAUCAGAGGCUAUUUUACAGUCCCCCAAUGUCCAACCGUUUCUCAAUACUGGAAGAGUUGUAAUUGUAAAAUCAGAAUCAACUCAGGACCACUUGCUUGCGGUGGUUGUGAAAACUCCUUCUCAGAAUAAUAAGCUGUACAUUGUUUUUAUGAUUAAACCUGACAUGCCAUCACCAGUGGAAAAGGCCUCGAGUAGUGGUAAUUUCCAGGAUAAAAGCAGUGCAUUUGACCAAGGUUAUUUUGUAAAGCCAAAAUCAAGACGUGAUGUUGAAGAUCAAUAUACUAUAUCUGUUUCUGCUCGCAAAGCAAAAGGGGUCAUCAACAUCAAAUUGCCAUAUCGUGGAUCUGCGUGUGGAAUGAGCUAUGAAGUCCGAGAAGUUGACAGUAAAGAGUUUCUAUGUAUAUGCAAUAGAAAAAUUAAAAUCGACCAAGUUGGACUUCUUGAAGAUGUUAACAAAUCUGUUUACUCAAAGACAGUUCAGCUGCUCUUGGAUUUGAAAUCAGAUGGAAAUAAGUAUCCUCCUGCUCUGGAUCCUGUGAAAGAUCUAAAAUUGAAAGAUGUGGAACUUGUGACAACAUACCGGGAGUGGACUAAAUUAUUGGAGAAGAUGUCCCAGAAUCAGUGUCAUGGGUGUAUAAAAUUGGAAGAACACCUAAAGUUAGCAAAAGAGAUAAAAACACACAAAGAUGAAGUUUAUGAACUUCAGUUUCAAAUGUCAGAUGGUGCACUUAAACAGAUGCCAGACUUUCAGGGCCGGAUAGAUGUUUUGAAGGAAAUUGGGUGCAUUGAUGAAGACCUCGUCGUUCAAAUGAAAGGCCGUGUAGCUUGUGAGAUGAAUUCUGGGGAGGAAUUGAUAUGUACUGAAUGCUUGUUUGAGAACCAACUGGAUGAUCUGGAACCAGAAGAAGCAGUGGCGUUAAUGUCAGCUUUUGUGUUCCAGCAGAAGAAUACGUCUGAGCCUUCACUCACACCCAAGCUGGCUGAAGCGAGACAUAGAUUGUUCAAAACAGCAAUAAGACUUGGAGAGCUUCAGGCGCAUUUUAAUUUACCAAUAAGCCCUGAGGAGUAUGCCCAAGAAAAUCUCAAAUGUGGUCUCGUUGAAGUGGUUUAUGAAUGGGCAAAGGGUACUCCGUUUGCUGAGAUAUGUGAGCUCACUGAUGUUCCUGAAGGCCUAAUUGUAAGGACCAUUGUCCGGUUGGACGAGACGUGUCGGGAGUUCAAAAAUGCUGCAGCUAUUAUGGGUAAUUCUGCUCUGUGCAGAAAAAUGGAAAUUGCUUCUAAUGCAAUAAAGCGUGAUAUUGUAUUUGCAGCUAGCUUGUAUGUUACCGGUGUAUGAUCAUUUGUUCAGCAUGUUAUUGUUUAUUUGAACUUAAUGCAGUCAAUAGUCAAUAUCAAGGGGUGCUUUUGUAUAUAAUGAUCUCAUUUCAUUUCAUGCAAACCUUGUUUGUUCCUCAUGUAUGUUACCUUUUCUUUUUCGACGGUCUAUUACUAAAAAAAUGUUGUACUCAUUCUGUAGAAUACUUAUUUCAAUUGGCAAUGCAACAGUUCACUGUUUUGUUUUGUGCA